GCAGACACUUUAGGUCCCCUCACUGCCUCCUCUGUAGACACGGCCCGCCUUACGCCUACGCCGCCUGCGAGUUGAAGGGGAAAUAUGAGUGGCCGGCCAUAAAUUCUUUCAGAAGCAAUCUGGGACCAAACUCAUGGAGCAGUAGUCGUUGGUGUCCGCCCCCACCCAACGCUCCCUCCGCCAUCACGCUUCAGAACGAUGCAUGCAGUCGCCCCGGCCACGAACGGCCAUGACCUGCUGGCACACACACAUCGGGGCAGGAACCGGAGCGCCUCAGAAGCCUUUGCACCCGUCGAGCGCGAUGCACAGGGGGUUGCUGAGGUGCCGCGAGCUGCGAGCUACACCUACUUCCCCCGGGUCAAGGACUUGCUGGAUGAACCGUCGAUACUCGAGCUGAAGGGGACAAUCUCUGAAGAUGAGUUGAAGGCUGCCGCCGCCAAUGGCGAGGGGGCUUCUUACCCAUCCUCGGGGGGAUCCAGCCCAGACCCAGAAGAGGUCCCCCAGGCCGAGCAGCCUCUCCAAAUGAAGCCAACCAUCGCGCGCCGGUCGUCGAGGUUCUUGCCCUUCUCCAACAAAAGUCGAGACUCUUCACUCGAUCGGACCGGUAACAGCACUCGAAAGCAGGCCGGUUCUCCAAACUCCAUGUCACCUAGCCGGCCUUUGACAAGACUAAGGAGAAAGUCCUGGAUUUCGUCUCAAUCUCGAUCGUCUUCGCCCACGAAGGACAGUGGCAGCCCCGUGAAGGGAGAAGAGCCAAGGAAGAACUCAAUGCACGCCGAGGGAAGCAAACGAAAGUCCCUAUCCAGCGCGUUGAGCAUUCUAGAGGAGCCUCGUUCGAGGCAAGCCACCGAAAGCUCGCCAGCGACAACAUCCAAAUCUCGUGUCCUCACCAAAAAAACGAAGCGACCCUUGAGCGGCAUCUUCAGCUCCUCGAAUGCCCAGCAAGCGACAUCUGCAUCUACUAGUAAUAUUCCGUCUGUUCCUCCAAUGCCGAAAUCAUUUUCCACCGACAGGCUACCCUCGUUCUCACAGACACCCACAUCUCCGAACCACAUUCCGCCGCUUCCCCGCAAUCUCUCGUCAGACAAGCUCAAAGGCGCCAAAACGGAGCCCCGUAAGAAAGACGAGCUCUGGGCGGUGUUCCGGACGCUAGAGGGAGAUCUUCGCAAAUUCCAAGCAAAGUCGAUUGCUCUGAAGGCCAAUGUUGUUCGGACCGCGCUUCUCCCAUUCUUGCGCUCCUACGCUUCACACCCCUCGAACCACAAGCUACGACCUGAAGAUUUAGAUAGACGAGCUAACAUCUUAAAUGGCUGGUGGACUGGGUUGUUAGAGCUCCUGGCUGGAAGGAACAACCAGUCUAUAUCUGGCACCGACCGCCCCGCUAUUCUCGAGGGCAUCGCAGCAGUUAUGGAAAGACCAGAGUGGCGCAUGUCUCCUUCCCCAUUCUGUGCCCUGGCCGACCGGGCCGAGACGGCAUCCACCACAACCGCGAAAUCAGCCGGCUCCACCUCUUCUGGCUCCUCUGACUUCCUCGCUGAAUCCGUCUACCACAAUGUCCGGAAUAUCUUCACCCAGAAUCUGCUCUCUCAGAUUGCCUUUGUGGUCGACAAGAUGUCUCUGCGAAACGCUGCCGCCAGCCUUGUGACUUUCUGCGGGAAGACGUGCGCAUAUGCGUUCUGCUUCUGUCCUGGGGUCGCUGAUGUUUUGGUGCGCCUGUGGAACCCCUCCCUAGAUACGAUGAGACGCGUCCUCGAAGAGUCUGGGAUCUCAAGGCAAGAUCGGCUGGAUCUCGUGUCUGAUCGCAUUGCUUCAUCCUUCCCCCCAUUGCUUCAUUCACUCAAAUUUCAGUCCCUCACCAAGGCUAUUCGCUAUCUGCGACGACCUGCCUCUUUACCCCUUGGCACUGCAAACCUCGACUGGUACGGUGCCUGGGUAAAGCGCUGGUCAGGUGCCGAAAGUGAUCUCUUUUACGUUUUCGUGAAGCACUAUCACAUCCUUGUUACCGACUUCCUGCCUGUUGAGCCGAGCGCUGCAGAACGAGUAUGUGUUCCUGGACUGGUUAUGGUUCAUGCCCAGAUCUUGACCAAUCUGGACGCCACAAUCAAUCGGCAUGCCACUCAUCAACAGCCUGAUGAUUCAGCGGCCGGUGCAGCCUCCGUUACCUUCGACGAUGUCUUGAGUGAUUUGGAUACCUCAGUGUCUACGCUGCCGAUACCUCCCGCUAAUGCUACCCGGCAGAUGGCAGAGAAUCGCCUUAUCAUGCUUAUUCGAGAUUUUCUUUCUGAGCGAAAUGCACAUCUUCACACGGCUAGAAGAAUUUUUGCGGAGAGUUUCGGACAUCUUCUGAAAGCGACCGCGCGGAAAGUUUCGGUUUACGACAAUAAUGCCUGUUAUACCCUUUGUGAUUUUCUGGAAGAGGCCUUUGUCAUCUUGGUUCGCUAUGAGCAGCUUGACGUUGGGCGGCAUUCGGUCCUAGACUGGCCUUUUUGGCUCUCGGUAUGCAGGCAGAUGACUGCAAGUCAGAAUACAGCGACAGAGAUCAAGUUGUUUGCCUUCUUGUACAGCACUUGGCCAACUCUAGUUUCGGACGAGCAACGCAAAGCAAUGCUCUGCUCGGACUUUUUACUGGAGCCGGAGUUCUUCGAAAGUCGAUUUAACCAUUGGUGCCCAAUGGUGCGAUCCUAUUUCAUGCGUUUGCUGUGCUGGCGGGUUGCACGUUUCGAUGGCGAUGAGACGGCUGGAGAACUCAGCAUUAUGAAGUCAUUGAGUGAUCGCUUACGGACCGUAUGGUCUCACUACCUGUGGCUCCGUGAAGAGGCUGAAAUCAAGAGCACGCUUCCGCCGUCGACAGCUCCGUGCAACCCCGCCCCAGGUCGUCGAUUCCUCAUCAUACGUAAUGAUAACCCUAUAGUCACUAGUAGCGGGCCUUUCAUCUCAUUCGAUGGCGUUGUUCAGUCUCCGGUAUCGAGAAGGUUAUCAUCUAUGAACAAUACGAUUCCGGAAGCGGAUGCUCGACCGGUAUCCGCACAGUCGGCGGACUCGCAAGAUUUUGGCGAAGAAGAGACGAGCAAAGGGCGUUGGAGCAUCCUACGAAACUUCAUCAGCGCGCCGAAACAAUCUUCAAAAUCUCGAAGCCCUGGGCCGACUAAUAAAGAGAACAAGGCCGCUAAUAAUUCGUCCACCUCUUCGGCUGAUACAUCUACAAGAGGGAAGUCAACCUCUCCUGACAGGACACCCUCUCCGGCCUCUCACCGCAGCUUUAGCUUUCGAUUCUCUUUAGAGUGGGUCGAUAAGCGCUUCCACAAUUUCCAAAACAUGCGACUCGGUCCUCCACGUCUUCCACUCCCUGCACAGGUGCUCCUUCAGACCAAGGGGAUCAAUAUCGGUGGGAUCAUGAGUUCCCGACCAACUGGGCCAGCAGCGAUGUCUAGCCGCUAUGCAGGGCGCGCUCUCGCUGAAUGGACUUUGAUCUCCCAUGAAUGUCAGAACUUCUUUGAACGAAGAAAGAACGAGGGGGUACCAUCCAAUCGACUCGUUGAAACUCCAACACUUGCAGUCGAAGCUUUCAGGAGACCUGGAUGAUCCAUUGAGGACGCGCCGCGCCUUAUCGUUUCUUCCUAACUUAAACGCUCCACUUCAUAGUACCCCCAAAUGCCCUCUUGCACAUCUGUACCAU